AUGCAUGUCUCGCUUACUCUUAUCUGCCGAUCACUAUCAACAAGCGAUCUCUUUAGCUUGAUGUUGUCGAGAAGUGCCCUGCAGUCAAACCGACUUCUCUCCACGUCGAAAGUUCUCCAGAAGCAAGUCCAAAAUGUGACGAUCAUUGGCGCCGGAUUGAUGGGUUCCGGCAUAGCACAGGUUUCCGCCCAAUCAAAGUUGAACGUUGUGUUAGUGGAUCAAAAUGACGCGGCCCUCCAGAAAGCCACAAAAGGAAUUCAUUCAUCACUCGCUCGCGUCGCCAAGAAGAAGUUUGCUGAGGAUGCAGCCGCUCAGAAUAAAUUCGUCGAGGGCACAACGAAAUACAUCAAAACGACCACCAACAUUAACGAAGGCGUAAAAGACGCAGAUCUUGUAAUCGAAGCCAUCGUCGAAAACAUCGAUGUUAAAAGGAAACUCUUCGCUGAACUGGAGAAAAAUGUUAAAAGUGAUGCGAUUUUGACGACGAACACCUCUUCGCUUAAGCUUUCGGAUAUCGGAUUGAAUCUGAAGAACAAGCAAAAUUUCGGUGGACUUCAUUUCUUUAACCCUGUGCCGAUGAUGAAGCUGCUUGAGGUCGUUCGACAUGCUGAGACAUCGGAUGACACUUUUAAGACAUUAAACGACUAUGGAAAAGCCAUUGGAAAGACGACUGUCGCUUGCAAGGAUACUCCCGGAUUUAUCGUCAAUCGUCUUUUAGUGCCAUACAUGUUCGAAGCUCUCAGAAUGGUUGAACGUGGCGACGCUACGAUGGAAGAUGUUGACAUUGCGAUGAAACUCGGCGCCGGCUAUCCAAUGGGACCAUUUGAGUUGACUGAUUACGUUGGGUUGGACACAUCAAAAUUCAUUAUGGAUGGUUGGCACAAAGCUUACCCCAACGAGCCUCUCUUUAAACCAAGCGACCUUCUCUCGAAGAAAGUGGCUGAAGGAAAAUUGGGGCGAAAAUCGGGCGAAGGUUUUUAUAAAUAUACCAAG